CGUAGCACAUAAAACCGACACCUUUCGUUAUGUAACAGACACAUAAGACAAUGCUUGCACGCGUUUCUGAUUAUUACCUUCUUCAUAUGUUGGACUUAUUGAAAACCAACUCACGUCCACCCCUUUUCAGCCCUGCGCUUGCGCGUAAUGGAGCCGAGAGGUGUCCAUGUGCCGAAAUGAGGAAAAGGCGGUCCGCUCCCAUUCCUCAACAGAGGACGGUCCUCCACCUGCGAAACAUCUCACUUCACAAGUAGCAACCCGGGCCAGCGGGGCUUUCUCCUCAGCGGGGAGCUCUUAGAUUCGGACCGACGCAAAAAGCUUCCAGGCGAUGCGUUUUUGGAGUUUCAUCCUCUCGGCGUCCGACGACCGGACUGAUGUUUCUUCACAACUGCGCUUCCAGAAAUCGGUUUUGGGGAGUCAGAGUUUCGUUAAACUAAACUAUGAAUUGUGGCUGCGUUGAGGAAUGUCUCCGUUAUUCUUCUUCGACACAAGAACCCCCAAACGCCAUCGACUUGGUCCGGAAGAAAGCGGUACCCCUAUUUGGAUUAUGUGUUUGACCAACGUAAACAUAUGGAAGAAAUGAAAAAGUGAGCACAUGGGAAACGCACCAGGAAUGAAUCGGUCCUUUAUUAAGGUUUUCGCAGCUUUAUUCAUGUAUUUCAUGGAGAAAAACCACUUCAGGGUUGUGGAUGCCAAGGAGCACGGUUCCAGACCAUCCUCCAACAUGUCUCCAUCCGACUUUUUAGACUCACUGAUGGGUCGCACGUCUGGGUAUGAUGCACGAAUAAGACCGAAUUUUAAAGGUCCACCAGUUAAUGUUACCUGCAACAUAUUUAUCAACAGCUUUGGUUCUAUAGCAGAGACUACAAUGGAUUACAGAGUGAAUAUCUUCCUGCGGCAGAAGUGGAAUGACCCUCGGCUGGCGUAUAGUAAAUACCCAGAUUCCUCCCUGGACCUGGACCCGUCCAUGUUGGACUCCAUAUGGAAGCCCGACCUCUUCUUUGCCAACGAGAAAGGGGCCAACUUCCACGACGUAACCACGGACAACAAGCUGCUGCGGAUCUUCAAGGAUGGGACUGUCCUCUACAGCAUCAGGUUGACUCUCAUCCUGUCUUGCCCGAUGGACCUGAAGAACUUCCCCAUGGACGUGCAAACUUGUACCAUGCAGCUGGAAAGUUUCGGCUACACCAUGAACGACUUGAUCUUUGAGUGGCUGGAGAACGGCGCGGUGCAGGUGUCAGAGGGGCUCACGCUGCCUCAAUUCAUUAUGAGGGAAGAGAAGGAGCUGGGAUACUGCACCAAGCACUACAACACUGGUAAAUUCACCUGCAUAGAAGUCAAAUUCCAUCUGGAGAGACAGAUGGGGUACUACCUCAUCCAGAUGUACAUCCCCUCCCUCCUCAUCGUCAUCCUCUCGUGGGUGUCCUUUUGGAUCAAUAUGGACGCGGCUCCAGCCAGAGUGGCGCUGGGCAUCACCACCGUGCUGACCAUGACCACCCAGAGCUCCGGCUCCAGAGCUUCUCUUCCAAAGGUCUCUUAUGUGAAAGCCAUUGAUAUCUGGAUGGCUGUGUGUCUGCUCUUUGUAUUUGCUGCAUUGCUGGAAUAUGCUGGGGUUAAUUUUGUCUCCAGGCAACAGAAAGAGUUCCUUCGCCUGAGGCGAAGACAAAAAAGGAAUCAAGGGGACGACGGAAUGCGCGACGGCCGCUUCAAUUUCGCUGGCUACAAGGUGAGUAAAUGUCUGCCAACAAAGGACGGCUCGGCUGUGAAAAACGCCGCUGCCACCGCGACCCCUCAACCGCCGGCCCCCGGGGACAUCGACACCAUACGGAAGAAGUUUGUGGACAGGGCCAAGAGGAUAGACACCGUCUCCCGGGCCGCCUUUCCGUUGGCCUUCCUCAUCUUCAAUGUCUUCUACUGGGUCACCUACAAAAUCAUCCGGCAUGAGGACAUCCACAUAAAGACUUAGCAUUGGACAACAUUUGAUUCUUUUGUUUCUGUGGGCAUUGAGAGGAGCCGUGAGGAGGGGGG